UCUCUUUGGCUACCCAGUGCCCGUGGCUGUGGCCGUGGCACAGAUCUGUGGGGAGAGAGAGCGGGACUGAACAUCUCUGGUGAGGAUCAGCCUCGUGACAGGAGAUGGUGGUGAUUGACGGCCAGCGGUGAGCCCCUUCCUUCCCCUUUGCCGGGGCAGAGCCCAGCACCCAGCCGAGCCGAGCAGAGCCCGGCCGAGCCGAGCUGUGGGGAGCAGGACGCGGGAAUGACCAUGGCCCGGGUGACACGGGGGCUGCCUCUCGCCUGCCUGAUGCUGCUCCUGCUCCGCAGAGCCCCGGGUGCAGGUGCCCAGGUGAGUCGGGGCUUCAAGCUGCAGCAGCCCCAGGACAAGGUGUCGGUGAGAGCAGGGGGGACACUCACCCUGACCUGCACCACGUCUGGAGACGCUCCCGCUGGCCCCGUGAAGUGGCUGAAGGGCUGGGGCAGUGGGAGUGAGACCGCCUAUGACCAGACGGGCUCCUUUCCCCGCGUGACGAGGGAAGUGGAUGGAUCCGACACAGACUUCACCAUCCACAUUAGGGAUGUUCAACCCGAGGAUGUUGGCACCUAUUACUGCGUGAAGUUCCGCAAAUCGCCUAGUGGUUAUGAGGUGGUUCAGCGUGGAAAAGGCACAGACGUGUCUGUAUACAGUACGGAUGCUCAGGUGAAUCAGGGCUUCAAGCUGCAGCAGCCCCAGGACAAGGUGUCGGUGGCUGUGGGGGAGACGCUCACCCUGACCUGCACCACGUCCAGAGACUAUUCUGGUGGACCCAUGAAGUGGCUGAAGGGCUGGGGCAGUGGGAACGAGACCAUCUACGACCAAAUGGGCUCCUUCCCCCGUGUGACGAGGGCAGCAGAUCUGUCCGACACAGAUUUCACCAUCCACAUUAGGGAUGUUCAACCCGAGGAUGCUGGCACCUAUUACUGCGUGAAGUUCAGCAGAUAUCUUGGCCGUAUUGAGGUGUUUCGGCAUGGAAAAGGCACAGAGGUGUCCGUAUACAGUGAGGGUGCCCAGGUGACUCAGAGCUUCGAGCUACAGCAGCCCCAGGACAAGGUGUCGGUGACAGCGGGGGAGACGCUCACCCUGACCUGCACCACGUCUGGAAAUGGUCCCCCUGGCCCCGUGAAGUGGCUGAAGGGCUGGGGCAGUGGGAACCAGACCAUCUAUGACCAGACGGGCUCCUUCCCCCGCGGGAUGAGGGCAGUGAAUGGGUCUGACACAGACUUCACCAUCCACAUCAGGGGUGUUUGUCCCGAGGAUGCCGGCACCUAUUACUGCGUGAAGUUCCGCAGAACAGUGGGCAGUGAUGAGGUGCUUCAGCAUGGAAAAGGCACGGAGGUGUCCGUACAUGGUUGGAACCUCCUGUCCAGCCCCGGCUUGUGGCUUGGCAUCCUGCUGGAGAAGGGGCUCCUCGGUGGUUUCCUCCUCUUCCUCUUCAAGCGUGGGAGGGCAUGA